AUGCCGCCUCAGAUCAAGCAAGAUCUCAAUCGGUCGGGAUGGGAGACUACCGAUUUUCCCUCCGUCUGCGAGAACUGUCUCCCCGAGAACCCGUAUGUGCAGAUGCUCAAAGAAGACCAUGGCGCUGAAUGCAAGAUUUGCACGCGACCCUUUACGAUAUUUCGCUGGAAGUCCGAUCGCACAGCCCGGACGAAGAGAACAAACAUCUGUCUGACAUGCGCCCGGUUGAAAAACUGCUGUCAGUGCUGCAUGCUAGAUCUGUCGUUUGGCUUGCCCAUCGUCGUGCGCGAUGCCGCCUUGAAGAUGGUCGCGCCUGGCCCACAAAGCGGCAUUAACAGAGAAUACUAUGCCCAAGAACACGAAAAGGAAAUCGAAGAAGGCCGCGGCGCCGUCGAGGCGUAUGAAAAGACGGACGAAAAGGCUCGCGAGCUGCUCAAGCGACUGGCCAACAGCGAGCCAUACUAUAGAAAACCGCGCCGAAUCGAAGAACCACAAGAAGAAGAAAGCACAUCGCAACAAUCUGAACAAGCCCCGAGACGCAGCGCAUACGGCAACGGACCGGGUCCCAUCCGCACCAGCGACACUCGACGAGGAGGCCCGACUCGUGGCGGUCGAGGCGGCGGCCGUGGAGGACGUGCUUUCCCUCCUACGGCUCAACUCCCGCCGUCGGAAGAAGAUAUCAGACCGCCUGCCGACCCCAAGGUUACUUCGCUUUUUGUCACCGGUGUUGAGGACGACCUUCCGGAACACGAGGUGCGCACAUUCUUUGGCCAAUUUGGCCAGAUGCGGUCACUCGUCUGCUCGCACCGUGCCCAUUGUGCGUUUGUAAACUAUGCGACUCGCGCGUCGGCAGAAGCCGCGGCUCAGCAAUGUCAGGGCAAGGCCGUCAUCAAGGGCUGUCCUCUCCGUGUGCGAUGGGGAAAGCCCAAGCCGUUGGACAGUAUGGCCGACGAGGAACGGAAACGGAAUGCUCGCGAAGGGCGACAGGCUGCUGGUCCCAGUCGUGGAGCUCACUCUGGUCAGCGAGCCAUUGCUGCGCCAGGGCAGACAACAGAGCCCGCCGAAAAGCCAACAUAUAAAGUUGCUCCACCUCCUGGUAGCGGGGAUGUACAGUAUGCUAGUAUGUCUGGGGACUGA